AUGGUGCUGCAAGACAUGGAGAACCAAGCUCCAGACAGCUUCGGCGAGCCGCCCAACGCCUCGGACAGCGACCCAUAUGCCUCUCCGUCUCCCUCCCGCUCGCUCGCAAGCGGCUCGCGCUUCGACGCAUCCAACAUGCCGUCACCCAUACCGGUCCUCGGGCCCCUGAUCGGCUUCUCGUCGUCGGCAGUCCGGUUCAAAGCGAACACGACGCUCUCGUUUGCGGAGAAGAAGCUCGGGCGCACGCUGCACCCGGAGGAGGCGCAGGCGCUCGCGUUCCACAUCUACAAGCUCGAGCGGAGCAAGUCGUACUACGCUGCUGCGGGCGCGGGCGCGGGCGCGUAUCGCUGGUAUGCGACAAUGGACACGUACCAGUAUCCGUUCUACAAGCCGAAGAUGGAGGGCGUUGAUCUGAACAAGUUUGGCCCGCUGCGAGGGCCCGCGGCGGGUCUGGCGAGACAGACGUGGCGGUUCGGGUUGUAUGCGCUGGUUGCGGGGCAGAUGGGGAAUAUCAUCGGGCAGCUGAUUGCGCAGCCCAUUGCGGCGUAUGAGACGAGUGUCGAUCCGAAGCUGGAGGAGUUUGCGCGCGACAUCAAGGCGGCGAGUGCGCGGGACGACCGCGGCAAUGCAGAGCGCGGGCGCGUCAUCGAGGAAAGGAGGAAGGACUUUGAGGCCCGCCGGCGACAGGAGGGGACGGGCGGCAUGGCGCCGCCGCCGCCGCCGUCUGGCGAGAGGCGCGGAGAGCGCAGCAGACAGACUCGGCCGACUGCCGCCGCCGGCGACCCCGACGACGACGAUAUGAGCCCGACGUCUGGCAACGAGCCGUGGGGCGCGCAGACGAGCAGCUCGUGGGGCGACUUCGCGGCGGACGAGCAGCCCCAGCCACAGCCCGAGCGCGCCGUCGACGCCCGCGCGCGACGUCCGCCGUCGCACCAGCCCGCGCGUGCUGCGGCGCCGACCUGGUCGGCGCCGCUGGACGACGACACAAGUCCGACAGGCGGUCUCUUCCACUCGGAAGCCACAGCUCAGCCAGCGCAGUCCGCUUCCCGGCCCGGAGAGUCUUCGUGGGAGCGUCUGAGGCGCGGUGCAGCUCGUCAGGACGGGGCAGCUGGGGGCGCGACGGGCGCGACGGGCGGCGACGCGCGGGACACGGAGCGGGAGAGUGCGCAGCGCGAGUUUGACGAGCGGCUUGAGCGGGAGCGCAGCGGGGGCGGGUUCAACGAGGGGUCGAAGAAGUGGUAG